ACCACAUUUUGAUGUACUAUGCAUAAUAUGCGACUUUGCCUUUCAUUGGUUUCUAUAAAUGUCUACCACAAUUGCGCAAUUCGCCAAUCUCUGCAGCUCUGCAACAAAUUGCUGCUCCGAGAGAUUGAUGAUCUUCAACUUUUUUCUACCUUUUUCCGCUGCUUGCCGAUCGCUCCAGUUCAAGCUUUUGAUAUGCUGUCCAGAAUUCCUUUCAUCGAAGCCUCAUUUUGAUGUAAACUGAAAUAUGGAACAGACUAGACUUAACAUGAGGUUCCGUUGUUCUGGUUCAACACCAUCUGAGGAAUCAGCGCUGGAUCUUGAAAGAAACUGUUGUAGUCAUUCUAAUAUGGCUUCACUGAGUCUACCAACACUUCAACCUUUUGCAUCAGCUGGACAGCACUGCGAGAGUAGUGCUGCUUACUUCUCAUGGCCUACUUCCAGCCGAUUAAAUGAUGCCGCUGAAGAGAGGGCAAACUAUUUUGCAAAUCUACAAAAAGGGGUGCUACCUGAAAUUCUUGGCCAGUUGCCCAAAGGGCAGCAGGCAGCAACAUUGCUUGAACUCAUGACUAUAAGGGCAUUUCAUAGCAAGAUCUUGCGUUGUUACAGUCUUGGCACAGCAAUUGGAUUUCGUAUUCAGCGGGGUGUUUUAACCGACAUACCAGCCAUUCUUGUUUUUGUUUCCAGGAAAGUUCACAAGCAAUGGCUCAGCCCUAUCCAAUGUCUGCCUACUGCCCUAGAGGGACCUGGCGGUGUAUGGUGCGAUGUGGAUGUUGUAGAAUUCUCAUAUUUUGGUGCACCUGAGCCUGCUCCAAAAGAACAAUUGUACACUGAGAUUGUAGAUGACUUGCGUGGUGGUGAUCCAUGUAUUGGAUCAGGUUCUCAGGUGGCUAGCCAGGAGACAUAUGGGACCUUGGGUGCUAUUGUGAGGAGCCAAACAGGCAGUCGACAAGUUGGUUUCCUUACAAAUCGUCAUGUUGCUGUUGACUUAGAUUAUCCAAAUCAGAAGAUGUUUCAUCCGCUGCCUCCAACACUUGGACCUGGGGUAUAUCUUGGUGCAGUGGAGAGAGCUACCUCAUUCAUCACAGACGAGCUUUGGUAUGGUAUCUUUGCUGGAAUAAACCCAGAGACAUUCGUAAGAGCAGAUGGGGCAUUCAUUCCUUUUGCUGAUGAUUUUGACAUGUGCACUGUUACUACAUCUGUGAAAGGCGUUGGAGAAAUUGGUGACGUAAAAAUUAUAGACUUGCAGUCUCCAAUUAGUAGCCUUAUUGGGAAGCAGGUGAUGAAGGUUGGAAGAAGUUCUGGUUUGACCACUGGAACUGUAUUGGCCUAUGCUCUCGAGUACAAUGAUGAAAAAGGCAUAUGCUUCUUAACUGAUUUUCUUGUUGUGGGUGAGAACCGGCAAACAUUUGACCUUGAAGGAGAUAGUGGAAGCCUCAUCAUGUUAAAGGGUGAGAAUGGUGAGAAGCCACGGUCGAUAGGAAUCAUAUGGGGUGGAACUGCUAACCGGGGCCGACUUAAACUAAAAGUUGGCCAACCUCCCGAAAAUUGGACAAGUGGUGUUGAUCUUGGGCGCCUUCUUAAUCUCCUUGAACUUGAUCUCAUAACUUCUGAUGAAGGACUUAAAGUGGCGGUGCAAGAACAAAGAGCAAUGUCCGCUACAGCAAUUGGGUCUACUGUUGGGGACUCCUCACCUCCUGAUGGAAUGCUUCCAAAGGACAAAGCCGAGGACAGAUUUGAACCACUGGGUCUUCAGAUACAGCACAUCCCUCUGGAAGUUGAACGCCACAGCCCAACAGUGAACCCAUCACUAAUGGAAACAGGGUUUCAUCUGGAAGAUGGGAUCAAGAUGGCUCCCAGUGUUGAACAUCAGUUCAUUCCAAGUUUCACCAGUGGGUCCCCACUACAUCAAAAAAGUGUACAGAUUAGGGGUGUUCCGGAGAAUCUCUCUUCAUUAAGGAGUGGUUGCGAUGAAGAUAUUUGUGUUUCGUUGCAUUUAGGUGACAAUGAUGCCAAGAGGAGGCGUUCAGAGGCUUCAACUAGUACAGAAGAACCUAAAUGAAUCAAAUUUUGCACGCAGAUGGUGUUCUGUAAGAACUUUCUAACCCUUGAUUACAUUUCAUGUUAAGUAAAAAUAUCAGCUCAAACAAUGGGCAGAGUGUACAGAAAUCUGAAGUGAGCUUCCAAGUAAACCUCUGUGAUGAUGGGCUAGAAACAUUGAUGAUUCCAGUUUCUCUUUUUAAUCUCGAGUUAAAAGAUUUACCGCGUCUUUA